AUUUUUUAAGAUUUAUCGUUGAUUUUCUAGUGUUUGAGUCAGAAAAAAUGUAACAAAUAUAAGAAAAUAUUAAUAUUUAGACGCGCUUGCUAUGUUCAAACUAGUAACUCUCAAUAAUUUCUCAACCUUGUUAGAGAGGUUUAAGCGAAAGAACCAUGUUUUCGGGUAGUUUUGAAGCGUGUGGCAAUAUUAUCCCAGUUUCGUACGUACAGCAAGCUCAGAAUGCAAGAAAAAGUCGGGAAAAUCAAAUCAGAAUUUUCCUGGAGCACGUAAGUAGUGUAAAAGGGUGUAAUGUUUUUCUUAAAAUGAAACUGCCAGACUAGGCAAUUGUUUAUUCGACUGCUGGCUGCCAUUUAGUGACCCGUAAAUAGUCGUUGCUAUUGCAGGACAUAAUUUGUUCAAUAGAUCAUGGUAUUGACCGUAAUAAAAUGUUGCAAGACAAUGCCUUCCGAAGCUGCUGGCUUACUGAAGGAAGUGAAAACAUAGUGUUUCAUGAUUAUCUUUCUAAAAAAUUUGUCAAGGUUGGCGAGGAGAGGGGGAGGAUUCAGGCGGAUCAAUAGGAAAAAGCUUCCGGUUUGGAAUCAUUUGUUCAUGAUCCAUACUUUUCAUAUGAUAAGCUGAACCAUACACACAUCUUGAUUGGUUCUUACUUAUGAUCGAUAAGUAGACAGACGCCAUAGAUGACGUCACCAUUUUGGCAACAAAUUUGCUUCCAUACCACUUUUUUGUGAUGAUCUUAUCACAUUUUGACAUCAUCUGUGAUCUAUUACUACACAGACACUCAGCAACAUAGAAUGUAUCUGUUAAGUGUUGGAUAUAUGGAUGGCACUGUUUCAAGAACGGUUAUUCUAUCUUAAGGAAGUGUGGAGAUGAUCUGAUCAAGCUUGCCGACCUCUUUCUUACUCUCUUACCAACCUCCCUUUUUAGGCUAUUUUUUUUCAUUAUCAUAACCAAUCACACAGACCACAGCAUAACAGACUGAAGUUAUGUAGUUAACAAAAUGCAGUACACAUUUUACCAGUCAAGUGUACAGGUCACCCGGAGCACUUGUCAGUUGCAUGUAAAUACAUGUAUGUGCAUCUCUAUGUCAACAGGUUACUGGUGGCCAUCCUGUUUAUUAAAAAAUAAGGAAAUUCUAUAUAUUAAGCUCAGAGGGGUUAGGUCUUUUUAACCCUUUCAAUAUCAAGGUCUAAUUAGUAAUUCAUCCUACUGUCUGCUAUACAAUCUUAUGAUAUUAGUUGGAAGAAUUUAGUAUUGGAUCAACUAAAAAUCCUAUGACUAAUAUUUUUCCUUAUUCUCAUCACUUGUGUACUUGAUAUUGUACUCAUGUUAUAACAAGUUCUCUUUUGGUCAGCCAUGGGUGUUAAAAGGGUUUACAUUUGAAAUCUAAAUGCAAGUGUAUCUCCAUGAACAUAAAUCAGAAAUACAUUUAUCUAGGGCUUCUAUGGAUACCAGCUUAGUGGCUGACUGGAUCACCUUGUAAAAUAAAGUUUACUUCCCUCACACAAGUGUUAAAUUCUCUUAUUGAAGCUAUUUUUAAAAUUUUAUUUCUAUUAUUUUUCAUUCAGAGAAAAUGGCCAUCAGAGGGCUGGGAUGACACUAGCAUUGAACUUCUAUUGCAGGAACUAUCAAUUAUGGACAGUAACAACUUCCCAGGUAAGUUGGUAGUGACACCCAUUAGAUUCCUUUAACUUCUAAGAUCUAUUUGUUAACUCUCCCCUCUAGCUGCUAGGCAUUUCCUGGUAAAUUAGUAAUGAGAAUUUGGUGUUAGAUCAGGGUAAAAACUUCAACCAGAUAAGUUUUUGUACUCUCAUUACCUGUUUGGUGGAUAUUGUAUGAAUAUUAUAGGGAGAAGUUUCCUUUUAAUCUCUUCUGGGAGUUAAAGAUUAAAGGGAAAGAUGAAACCUCUAAAAUUUGCCUUGCUCCCUGUGGCUUUGCUGCUCAGAUGGUAAUAAAACCCAACUAGUAUCUGGGAGGCCUGGGUUCAAAUCCCAUCAAAACUUGAAAUUUUUCAGGCUUCUUUUCUGCAAUUGCUUAACCCUUAAAGUCCCACCAGUGACCUAGACAGAACUUCUCCUUACACAUCAGUACGAUAUCGAGCAGACAAGUAACAAGAAUAAAGAAAAAUAUUAAUGAGGGGAUUAUUGGUUGACCCAAAGUUUUAAAUUGCAGUCCACCCACAAUGAUUAUUUCUUUGCUCAUUUUUCAUCCGAAAGUCAAAUUGGAUUUAUUCUUUUAAAAAAUUGUGUUAUUAUCUUCAGUAUUAAUCAGUUUGCUUUUUUUCAGGAAAUGUUGGUGCAGGAGAGAGGGAAGGAAGAGUAAUUUCAUCCUUAGUGUCGAGAAGACAUUUUAGGUAACUAAUAUCUUAACCCUUUACUCCCUAACAUCAGUAUGCAUAUUCUCCACACUCCUCAGACAUUUCCAAGGGUUCUGACAAGGAGAAUUUGUUAAAAAAUCAAGAGCUUCUUUGGUUGAUGAUCAUUUCCUUUAUUCUCAUGACCUUUAUGUUUGAUUCAGGGGUGAUGUUGUAAGGAGAAAUUAGAUUUUAGUCACUCAUAGGGGUUAAAGGGUAAAUGUAGGUUGUCUAAAUUGUUGUGAAAUGGUUUUUUAGAAAGCAGUCCGAACUGAAAACUUUUCCGGACUCACUGAAUUGGGGCAGGCUGGCUUAUAUCACAUUUACAAUAAUUAUUUGUCAUUGAUUGGAGAUCAAUAGAACCUAAAGACAUAAUGGUGAAAUUGUCAAAGUCUGUAUACCAGACUGACUUGUAUAGCUACUACUGACAGCUGUUCCCAUUACCUCUAGUAAGAUAUGAUUAGAAGUAUUGUUACUCCACUUGGAUAGAAUGCAAUUUCUCCUACUCUUGCACUUGUAAGAUCUCCUUAAAAAUCCUUAUUUCUAUCUGCCAAUCAAUUCUUAUUAUAGUAAUAAUCCUCCAGUUGGUAUUUAUGAUCUUUAUUCUCAUCUGCUUGAUGUUGUGUUGUUAUUGUAAAGGAGAAAUUCUCUCUUGGUCACUCCUAGGAGUUAAAGGGUUAAACGUCUAUUUUGUUAUUUUGAUUCCCAGGCUAAGCCAUGGUAUUGGCAGGUCAGGUGACAUAGCAGCCGUCCAGCCCAAGGCUGCUGGUUCUUCUCUUCUAAUGAAACUCACCAACUGCAUGGCUCUGGAUGUUAUCAAACUAGCAGGUUAGUGUCUGAAUGACAAUUACUUCAUUCAGGUUCAAUAUGCAAGCACUUUUGAGAUCCAAUUAAUUUCAAUAGUCCUGUGAAUUUAAGUGACAGUGUAAACAGUGAAUGAAAGUGAUCCUCGCAGUGAUGUGCACUACUUAGGCAGUAGUGAAAAUAAGGCCUGAAAAAAAUUUCAGGCCUGUACGGGUAACUUGAAUUUCACUAAGACUUGAAGCUGAACUUGGCAAAAUAUUCUCAAUGGCAUUUAUUUGCUAACAAAUGUUUAAAAAGGUUUUUCCAGGUGGAGGGGAGGUCCAAUGUUAACAUCGCUGGACAUAACAGUUUGUUUUAUUAUCACUUACAAUUUUCCGCCUUUUCUUGAAAAGGAAGGGGGGGGGGGGAGCUGCAUUCAACCUCAAAGGUUAUUAACCGUUUAUGCACUAACAUGGGUAUGCAAGUUCUCCAUACUGUUUUGUUACACAUUUCCUAUAGUGUUGACAAGAAAAAUUUGUUUAAGAAUCAAGAGCUUCUUUAGUUGAUGACUAUUUCUUCUAUUCUUGUGAUCAUAAUGAGUGAUUCAGGGAUGAUAUCGUAAGGAGAAAUUAGAUCCUAGUCAACCAUAGGGGUCAAAGGACCCAGCAUAGUUUGAAUAGUUCCUUUUUUAUAUAUUAUUUUUUAAAAACUUCUGGCCCACUGAUGAUGACAUCAAUGAUUUAUUUCUUUACUCAAUAGUUAUGAUACAAGAAAACAACAAGGAAAACAGAUUUCAUUAGUCUUCAAUUUUGAUUCGUUAGUAAUUUUUUUAUGUUACUUGCUCUUGUUAAAAAGCAGUAUUGAUAUCUCACUGUGCUGUCUUUUAAAGGUGUUAGGUCAGCAAAAGCUUGUCUGGUAUUACCAGUGGCAACAGGGAUGAGCAUGGUAAUGACACUGCUAACAUUGAAACAACAGCGACCUGGUGCCAAGUUUGUAAUUUGGCCUCGAAUUGACCAGAAGUCUUGUUUUAAGUGCAUCCUUACUGCAGGUAACUUUGGUGUUCCUCUUAUCAGCUCUUGUGGUAUUGAAUUAAAUAUUUUAUGUAACAAUGAGAAAAAUGUCUGUUUGUAUUAUAUCUUAAACCAUUAAAUAAUUAAGUAUUUCUUAUUCCACUAUUAUCGACCUAAUUGUUGAGUAUUUUGGCUUCUAGUUUUCAAAAUACAUUCUGUGACCUUAACUGGGGAAUGUAUCAGUCAAUUAUAAUUAUACUGUGUGCAAAAGAUGAAAAACAACAUAAGCAAAACCAUUAAAGUGCUUUAUUUGUAGGACUAACAUGAAAAAUUUGUUGCACCAAAAAGUUCAUUGCUCUAAAAGUCAAGCAUAAAAGUGGAACAAAACUGAGUUAGGAUCAUUCAUUGUGGCCUUUUCCUUGCUCUGCUUUCCCCUCAUAUUUUUGUCUUGUUCCACAGUUUAAUACCAUGGCAUAUUUUGUGUUAUUUGAUGCCCUACUAAUGGUAAGAUGGUGUAAUAGUGGAAUAAUAAAACCAAGAAUUGGAUAAGGUCAAGGAGCUAUCUGAGUCUGUCUGGAGUGCAUAUUUUUAUGUCAAGACUAAACUGCUGGGUCAUUUUCAUUGAAACAUCAAAAUGAUAUUGAAGGUAACAAUAGAUUUUCAUAAUUAUCUUGCAUUAGGGUUUGAACCAGUUAUUGUGGAGAAUGUUUUGGAAGGAGAUGAACUGCGAACAGAUCUUGCAGCUGUGGAAAAGCAAAUUAAAGAUUUAGGAGCAGAAAAUGUGCUCUGUGUUUUUACCACAACUAGCUGUUUUGCUCCAAGGAUCCCCGACAGGUUUGUGUGACAUCAAGAAUGGAAACAUGAUGUAAAAUCAUGAUGUUUUAGGAGACAUCAACCAUACAUGACAAAUAUUAAAGUGGAUCAAUGUCAGUAUCUGAGCAACUGCAGACCUACCCCUCUCUUAACCCAACAUUAACCCUAACUUGUUAUCAGUUGAAUGUUGUUAAGUUGGGGGAGGGAUAGGUGCCCAGUCACUUAUAUACUGACAUUUAUACUUCAGUUUAGUCAGAAUGAGUUUCAAGUUUAACCCCUCAACUCCCAGAAGUGAUUAACAUGUAACUUCUCCCAAUAAUAUGCAUACAUUAUCCAGCAAACAGGUAAUGAGAAUACUCAAACUAAUAUCAGGUAGAAACUGUUUUCUUUCAAGAGCAAACACCAAAUUCUUGUAACUCAUUUACAAGGAAAUGUGUAGCAGUUACAGGGGAGAAUUAACAAUCAGAUCUUGGGAGUUAAAGGGUUAAGUGAUUGUAAACUUGUUUGAGUUGAUAUUUCUUUUUCCAAAUACAUUGUUAGUGAUAUUCCUUUAACAAAGGAAAUCAAACCACUGUAAAAUCAUUCUAACUGCAAAUUACUUCAAAGCAAGACAUAUUUAUAUGUACUUAUUGACUAAGUAGGAGGGCCAGGUGGGAAAAUAUUUGGCUCAAGGUGCUGACAUUCAGUUAGAGUGUAGCAAGGUUGGUGUUAUGACAGAGAGCCCAAUUUUUUCCCAUCCAUUCCAACAAAACUCAGUCAAAACAGAAUUAAUUUAUAUCACAUGACCAUUGCUCCUUUAUUUAUCUUCCUUUCCUCUUUGACCUGCACCUCUUGGGGCCAAAGAGCUUUUUCCUGACCCUGUUUAUGCUUUUGGAUAUGGUCCUAAUACAUGGAUAUUAGACAAGUCCAAUGUCUUUCAAUAAGAAUGUACACGGGGCUGCACAAAAUUCCGAUAAUUUCCUAUGGGCAGUUGAAAUGUCUGAGUACAACUUAGACAUGGGAACCCUUUAGUCAAUGCAAUAUGCAAUACUCAAGGCACAGGGGCAUUGUCAUGUCCCUUUGCUCCACUUUGCAUGCUUUGUUUGGUCCUUACCCUCCCAUCUUUAUGGGUUACAAAAUGAUAAUCAGUCCACAUAUCAGUUUGUUAAUAUUGUGUUUUUGGGUGCUUGAGGGUAGGCUGUAGCUUGGUUUCCAAACUGACUGCCCUUCUCUCCAGUUGUGGUUAUCUUUACAGCACUUACUCAAUGCAGUUGAUGAAGUUUUAACACUCUGAGAAGGUCUUUUUUCAACCAUUUAAUUAGCUAAAGGUUACUUUUGGCAGGUUGGAAGAAGUUGCAAAGCUGUGCAAGGAACAGAAUGUGCCUCACAUUGUGAAUAAUGCAUAUGGAGUGCAGUCAUCAAAAUGCAUGCAUCUUAUUCAGCAGGUAAAUUCCUCUUCAACAGCUUGUAGAGGGGUAAUAGAGGGGUAGAAGGUUUUUGAUAAGUUAUAAAGCAGGGGUAUAGCAACCGUCUCUUAGCUCACAGUGGGAAUAAGGGUAGCUAACAGUCAAGAAGAUGUUUUUUUGGCACAUUUGCUUCCUUGGUCUCUUUGUUUUAGCAGCUUCAAUUAAUCCUGUAACUCCUAGAAUUGAUUAACUUUUAACUUCUCCUUAUGAUAUUCAAACCUUAUCCAACAAACAGGUAAUGAGAAUACUCAAACUUAUCAAGCAGAAGUUGUUGUUUUGAUCCAACACCAAAUUCUUGUCACUGAUUUACAAGGAAAUGUGUAGCAGCUAUAGGGGAGACUGACAAUAAGAUCUUGGCAGUUAAAGAAAUCAAGAUGUUAGUAACUCUAAAACUUGAAAAUUUAAUUUUGAUUCUGCCUCCAAUAUGGUCAUCAUCACUGAUAAUAUAACAACUUAGUGGCACCUUGGGCUGUUUACAGAGAGGUGAAGUCUAUUUUCAAGGGCAGUAGGAAUGACUGUUUUUUAGAAACAGUUUUCACUCUGUAUUUAUCCAACAACUGAUAUAUGAGGAAGGCAAAUAGUUUGCUCCUCUUACAGGCAGCAAGGAUUGGCCGUGUUGAUGCCUUUAUUCAAAGUACAGAUAAGAACUUCCUAGUUCCUGUUGGUGGAGCCAUUGUGGCAGGAUUUGAUGAGAACUUCAUUGAUGCAGUCAGUAAAACAUACCCUGGUAAGGUUGUUUCUAAGAUGAUCAUCAAACCUGGCCUUACUCCUUUACAUCCUAAAAUCAACAUACAUAUUCUCCAUACUGUUAUUUAUAUAUUCCUAUGGCAGUGACAAGGAGAAUUUAGAUCAAAAUCAAGAGCUUUUCAAGUUUGCAAUCAUUUCCUUAACCCCUUAAUCCCUACAAGUGGCCAGUAUGUAAUUUCUCCUUACAGUAAUUCUGCUGAAUUAUUCAUUAAGAUCAUGAGAAUAACAGAAAUGAUCGCCAACCUAUCAAAACUCUUGAUUGUUAAACGAAUUCUCCUUGUCAGCACCGAGGGAAUUGUAUAGAGAAGGGUAUAGAGAAUGUGGAUAUUCAUGUUAGGGUGUAAAGGGUUAAUGCGCAAAUCCCAUGCGAGUUGCCCGGAGGUGAAUAGCGAAGGAUAUUCGGAGUUUAAGUAGCCAAUGAGAACACGCCUUCAACGCUAUCCACUGUUUUAGUGUAUAUUAACAGAUGUUAGUCUAUGGCACUGACAAGGAGAAUUUAGAUCAGAAUCAAGAGUUUUUCAAAUUUACAAUCAUUUCCUUAAUGCGCAAUUCCCGCGUGAGUCGGUGGGAGGUGAAUAGUCGAGGAUGUUUGGAGUUUGUGUAGCCAGUGAGAGCACGCCUGCCACGUUAUCCAAUCAGGGGUUAAAUGGUUAAUUUUUGCUCUUUUAUUUCAGGGCGGGCAUCAGCUACUCCAUCUAUAGACCUAUUUAUUACUCUGCUGUCUCUUGGGUCGGUUGGAUAUCAGCAGUUACUUCGACAAAGAAAGGUGUGUAUGCUUUCGUCUCUUAUGACUGCAAAUCAGAGAAGUGAUUUGAUAGCUUAACACUUUUACUCCCAAGGGCUACAGUUCAAGUAGUCAUUCUCAAAAGAAAAUUUUCGAUCAACGUCAGUAUCUGAACAACUACGCGCCUACCCCUCCCCUAACCCAACAACAGUCAAUUGACAACAAGUCAGGGUUAAUAUUCGGUUAGGGGAGGGGUAGGUGCGCAGUUGCUCAGAUACUGACCUUGAUGCCAAAUUUUCAUAUACUUCCUGGCAUUUUGGCCGAGUGAUUCUGGCUAAGAUCUAGCCAACAUCAUUCAGUGAGCAAUUUUCAUAAUCUCGUCAUCUAUCAACUUGACACUUUGAUGAAACUGUACGGAAAAAGUGAACAUAGCGCACCUUGUCACAAAUUAAAAUCAAGCAAGCUGCCUGAAGCGGCGGUCAAACGUGGACAACCAAUUUAAGACCUGUUUUCAGAUGUGCAUUGUUUUAAAAUUGGUUGAGGGUUUGGAAAGAGUUUUUUUGGUCAAUAACAGAGCGAAGACUAGUGUAAACUCUGCAGUCUAGGUCCAAGUUGUUCAAAGAGCCAACAACGCUGUCCAACGGAUAAGUGUUAACAAAACAUACUUCGCGAUCCACCGGAUAGAGAUUUGUCUAGUGGCUAGCGCUAUCCACCCUUCAAACUGCUGUGACCUGGUUUACUUUUGCAACUCAAUGUCGAAUUCGUUAUGAUUUUUCAGGAAGUGUACAGUUACUUAUCUGAAGGCUUAUCAAAGGUAGCAGAAUCACAUGGCGAACGACUUCUUGUCACCAAAGGCAACCCCAUAUCUCUUGGUAAGGAUAAAUGUUAAACUCCUUUUAACACUCGCUCACCCUGUCCUCCACGCCAUAGAUGUCGAAAUAAAACUUAACUUCCGCUUUUUCUUUCGUGAACGCAAUUACUUACUGCUAUUCUCUUUCCGCUAUUCAAGCCAUUUCCCUGGAAAGAGUUACGAAGGCUCUGGAAUUGAACGCAGCCGGAGUUACUCAACUUGGCUCCAUGCUUUUUACAAGAUGCGUAUCUGGAGCAAGGUAGGAUAUUCAUUUUGUUCUUAUCAAGAUGUGCUAACGCUUAAAACGCCAGCUUUAGAAUCUCUUUGCGGUGGCCAAUUAUCAUCAUCAACUCAGUUGAUAAAGCCAAGUGAUCUUGUAAUACUCCGCACCGACGCAUCACCACAGUUUUUUUAGAAAUGUAACCCCUUUAUACAUGGUAGAAGUGCCCAUCCUGAGGAUGUCUUGCUAACCACACCUGCAAGCCCUUCUCCAAAAUGCAGACGGGAAAUAAGUCCUCAUUGAGAGAAAAUAUAUUACACCGAAACUUUGAAAGCACUCAAUGAAAUUUUUAUUUAUUUUCAUGUUUUUUUUGGUUGUUUUUUCACCCUCCAGGGUGGUUCCUCCCGGAAGCACUAAAGAGAUCAACGGGUACGUUUUCACUGGCUGGGGUGCGCACGCCAAAAACUACCGCUGUGCAUAUCUUACUGCAGCCGCGGCGAUUGGGAUGACAAAAGCGGAAGUAGACACGUUUUUAAAGCGACUUGACAAGUGCCUGUCUAGAUUUACCUCAAAAAGCACUUCGAUUGAUGAAUUGUCGAGCCAUUGUGAAAAUUGCGAGGAAAAGGAAGCCGAAGUUGAAAAUAAGGACAAUUUAACGGUGAACAGAUAGUUAUGAAUUUGGUUUUAGAUUUAGGUUUGUGAACUAUGAACUAUUUCAGUUAGAAGAAUUUUGUAUGAAAUAUUUUCAAUUCGUGUUACACCACUGUAACUUUUCUGGAUGUUUUGUAACACUGUUCGAUGCAGUGUCGUGAAAUAAAACUGAACUGAUCGCAUCGGCCAAUCAAAAUCAAGGGAACUAUCACAAAAAAAGUAACAAGGACUUGAAAUGAUUACACGACAUCGCCACAAAAACGG